AUGGAGCAAGAAAACUCUAUGAAAAGAUGGUGGUUCAAUUCGAUGUUAUUUAAGGAGUUCGAACACAGAUAUAGGCUAAGUAAAUCAAUGGGCAGUCUUGGUCCUAUUGAAAAUGCCAGUGAAAGUAAAGAUCCGAAUAGAAAUGAUACGGAUAAAAACAUUCAGGGUUGGGGUGGUCAUGACAAUUACAGUAAUGUUGAUCUUUUUUUUGGCGUCAAGGACAUUCGGAAUUUUUUCUCUGAUGAUACUUUUUUAGUGAAAUAUAGUAAUGGGGACAGUUAUUCUAUAUAUUUUGAUAUUGAAAAUCAUAUUUUUGAGAUUGCCAAUGAUCAUCCUUUUUGUAGUGAACUAGAAAGUUCAUUUUAUCGGAAUUCUAGUGAUCUGAAUAAUGGAUCUAAGAGUAAGAAUCCCGACCACGAUCGUUACAUGGAUGAUACUCAGUAUACUUGGAAUAAUCACAUUAAUAGUUGCAUUGACAGUUAUCUUCAGUCCCAAAUCUGUAUUGAGAAUUACAUUGUAAGUGGUAAUGACAAUUCCAGUAACAAUAAUUCCAGUAACAAUAAUUCCAGUAACAAUUACAUUUCUAGUUCCAUUUGUAGUAAUUGUGAAAAUAGUAGUGAAAACGAGGAUAUCACAACGAGUUAUCAAACUAUACCAGAAAGAUCUACUCAUAUGGGUGUAACUCAACAAUACCGGCAUUUGUGGGUUCAAUGCGAAAAUUGUUACGGAUUAAAUUAUAAGAAAUUUUUUAAAUCAAAGAUGCAUCUUUGUGAACAAUGUGGAUAUCAUUUGAAAAUGAGUAGUUCAGAUAGAAUCGAACUUUUGAUCGAUCCGGGCACUUGGGAGCCUAUGGAUGAAGACAUGGUCUCUCUGGAUCCCAUUGAAUUUCAUUCGGAGGAGGAGCCUUAUAAAAAUCGUAUCGAUUCUUAUCAAAGAAAUACAGGAUUAACCGAGGCUGUUCAAAUAGGCAGAGGGCAACUAAACGGUAUUACCGUAGCAAUUGGGGUUAUGGAUUUUCAGUUUAUGGGAGAGGGGCACGCAUGCAAGAAGGAAGUUUGA